GGUAGGAAAUAGGAAGCAACCGAAUCGUUUGAGAGUAACAUGCUCAACGCAGAUAUCUAUGUAGGAAGAAAUUAUCGUUAACUUCGUUUAGUUAAUAUAAUAUAAUUAAGGAUUCAGUUACAUUGUAAACAACUAUAUCAACGUCAAGACACAUUUUCUAUCGGAAGUUCCUAGAUAAACUUGUUAUAUAAAACUAAUUAACAGCAAAGAAAAUCUAGUCAACUCAUUAUCUUAAAUGUGUGUCUGAAAAUUUACCUAUUGACAGAUACAAUGGCAGAAGAAAGUUCAAAGAGGUAUGCAGUAGUGACAGGAGCAAACAAAGGGAUAGGAUUUGGAAUAUGUAAGCAAUUGGCUUCUAAUGGGAUCACAGUGAUCUUAACAGCAAGAGAUGAGAAAAGGGGUCUUGAAGCUCUUCAGAAUCUCAAAGAUUUAGGUCUAUCUGGCCAUGUUGUUUAUCAUCAGCUUGAUGUCACUGAUGCUAACAGCAUAGCAUCCCUUGCAAAUUUCAUCAAAACUCAAUUUGGAAAACUUGAUAUCUUGGUGAAUAAUGCAGGAGUCCCUGGGACAGUCGUUGAUGGCGAUGCAUUCAAAGCUUUACUUGCUUCUGGGGAAAGGGCUGAUGCUAUUGAUUGGAGAAAAAUUGUAUGUCAAGAUUAUGAAUCUGCAGAAGCAGGACUUAGAACUAACUAUUACGGUGUCAAAGGAAUGUGUGAAGCACUUAUUCCCCUUCUACAAUUGUCAGUCUCACCAAAGAUUGUCAAUGUUUCCUCCUCCAUGGGACAGUUGAAGAACCUACCAAAUGAAUGGGCUAAAGGAAUUCUAAGUGAUGAUGAAAGCUUAACAGAAGAAAAAAUUGAUGAGGUUUUGAAUCAAUUUCUAAGUGAUUUCAAAGAGGGUUCAUUUGAAACCAAAGGAUGGCCUUCUGCUUUUUCUGCAUACAUAGUUUCAAAAGCUGCUUUGAAUGCAUACACAAGAAUUCUUGCAAAGAAGUAUCCAUCUUUCUGUAUCAAUUCUGUUUGUCCUGGUUUUGUCAAAACGGAUAUAAACUUCAACACUGGUAACCUUAGUGUUGACGAAGGUGCCGAGAGCGCUGUAAGGUUGGCUCUGCUAUCUAAUGGGGGUCAGUCCGGUCUCUUCUUCGUCCGAAGUGAAGUUUCGCCAUUUUGAUCAGAAGAUACCAAUUAGUAUCAGCAUUGUUUGAUGAGGAUUGAUUAGUCUUUGUUGUUGUUCAUUUGUUCUGUUUUACAUAAUUCAAGAGAGUUGAUAAUAAGCCAGGUUCAUUAAAGGAAAAUUUGUUAUGGUUGAAAGGAACCAUGUUAAAUGAAGAACCUAUUCAUGAGAAA